AUGAGGCUCUUGAUGGCGACAGCGCUCAGGAUCAUUUCCAAGUUCCUCUGGCCUUACGCCCUCUUCCUGAAAUUCGUACUCGCGAAGGAGUCCUCCUUCUUAGGCACCCUCCCUAGCGUUGGAGAUCUGGGCUCUUUCCAUAACACGACAACCGUCACCGCAACCGGCGAGAAACUGCCAAACGAGCGUCAUUGCACACUUUCAAUGUUUCCAGGUCACGCCAAAGUCCAUAUUUACGUUGAUCACACUAAUAAGAUGGCGCUCGACGACAUGAAAAGUGCUAGGAGAAAGCGUAGUUCGACAAGGCAAAUCUACCCCGGACCCAACCCUGUCCUCAGGCACCUACCCUUCUACGUGAAAGACAUGGCAGCAUUGCUCACAAAUGAUGACGAUACCCUGUUACUGAGUACCUGA